AUGUCAGAUCCGACCGCGGAAGAACCCACCAAGCCGGACAGGAGCGAGGCACCUCCAAGGCUGAGAUUUGUUACGGCACGACCAGACACCAAGCAGGGCAAACAGGAGGCUAAAGCAGCAAUCCGGGCUCACGCUUCACAGGCCUCGUGGGCGAAAAUCCGGAAGAAGGGCAAGCAGCUAAAGCAGCCGGGUAUUGGUUCAGGCGACACCGCGCGUCCUGACCAGCAGCAGCAGCACCGCCUAAGCUCCGCUGGUGAGCCAGCCAGUUCCAGUUCCAGCUCCAGUGCCAGCGUCAGUGUCAGUGUCAGUGGCAGUGCCAGUACCGCGCUCGUAUCACGUUUCGACGACGACCCACCACAUAAUGUCGACCACGCGUCCGGAGCUCCUGCAAGCGCCCGACAGGUCGUGCCCUCGAGGGCUGCGAGACAGUCCAUUCUCGGAUCGAUCAGUGUCCCCAGUCCUCUCCGAACGGUCGGCGCGGGGGACGUUGAUCCUUUUACAAGCUAUCCAUCACGGCUGCCCAAGGAGGUGGCCGCCCCGAUCAUUAGUCAAGUCAACCACUUCCUCAAUAUCAUCUUCCUGCCAGAUCCAGACCGACCCACGCCGAGCAUCGUGGAGCGUUGGAUAUCUUGCUACAUGAAAGACAGCACCUUCUUCCAUGCUAUCUGCUUCGCCCAAUUGGCAAGGUCGUUGGCGACAGAGACUCGCUUGAAACCGAUCAACCGAAAGGCGUAUUGGUAUUGCUACGCGGAGGUCGUGCGCGAGGUUAAUAGACGAUUCAAUGAUCCUGCGGAACGAUGUUCCGACGAGACCAUCUUCGCCGUGCAGGCGUUGGCGUUCCAUGGCGACGCGACCACGGACGAAGCCGACACCCCAAGAUCGCCCUCGCAGGGCCCCAUGAACAGCAUGCAGGGCCUGGACAUCUAUGCAGGUCGACUGAACCCCGUUUCUAUGCACGUCAACGGAUUGGCGAGAAUGCUGGCGUUGCGGGGAGGGAUUGCCGACAUCGAGCUGCCCGGACUGGCGGCAAUGCUGAGCUAUGGAGACCUGCUCCUAGCGUCCCGAUCUCUGCACAACCCAGUCUAUCCCUUCGUUCCCAUCGGCGAGUCACCGGCACGCUCCCUAGCCGACGUUAGUCGAACCGAUCACCCUCUAGCCAAACUCGGCACUGGGUUUCAAGUGCUGCGUGAUCUUAUUUCCAACGAGGAAUCCGCACAGCGGCUCCUCUCGACUCUCUGCAAUCUCGCAGCCUAUUCACUCGGUGUCUAUGACUAUAUCAUGGGCAGGCCGCAGGCGCCGAGCCUCAGAAUCCUCGCCGACCAGCGGAACUUUGUCCAGCACAGUCUGAUGCAGAUGUGCGCCACGCCCAGCGACCGCACCGCCGAGGCUGCAACGAACAACCCUUUGAGCACCUUAUUGCUGGAAGAGGCAUGUUGGUCAGCUGCCGCCGUGUACAGUCUGAUCGCCGUGUUUCCCGUUCCUCACCCGAACGCUCCGUUUGCCGAACUCGCCAAGCAACUCAAGCAGCACCUCGUCGACACUUCAUCGCACUUUGCACGGACAUGGCAAAAGCCUUCACCGCUUGUAUUGUGGAUGACCUUCAUGGGCGCUCUGGCCUCUAUGGCCGCUGAAGAGACCAAGGAGGAAAACGCAUGGUAUAUAACCGUGCUUGAACGGCUGGUGCACAGGAUGGAGAUUCCCAGCUGGGUGAGGUUGAAGGACCUGCUGAUGGAUUUCCUGUGGUUUCCAAACACGAGUGACCCAGAUGGGCAGCAACUGUGGAAGGAGAUACACACGUCCAAUCCAUUUGGAUGA